AUGCACAAGUUUCAGGAUCCACGGACGAUUUACAGACCUACAGAUAUCAUCAACGACAUCCGUCGAGAGUAUGGGGUGGUUAUGAGUUACCAGAAGGCCUGGAAGGCUAAAGAAUGUGCAUUGGAAGAUUUAAUGGGUUCGACAGAGGAGAGUUAUGCCAAAUUGGCCAGGUAUUGCCACAACAUGGUGAGAACUAAUUCUGACUCGACGUUUUUUAUUGAAACCGAUGGGCAAAAUCGUUUCAAGUAUUUUUUUAUGGCUCUUGGACAAUGCAUUAGAGGUUUUCGAAAUGCUAUGCGACCUCUAAUUCCAGUUGAUGGUACAACCCUAAGAGCUAGAUAUAAAGGAAAGUUGAUUAUUGCUACUUGUCAAGAUGCCAAUAUCCAAAUUUACCUUCUUGCAUUUGGCAUUGUCGAUGGAGAGAAUGAUCUAGCAAUGCGUUGGUUCUUCACGAAGUUGAGAGAAGUAAUUGGGAACAUCGAGAACCUUGCAUUUGUGACUGAUCGGGGGCAGUCAAUAAUAAAUGGUAUAGCCGAAGUUUUUCCAGAAGCACAUCAUGGUUAUUGUAUGUACGACAUUCAGGGCAAUCUGAAGACUAGGUACCGGGGCAGUGGCAUCGUUGCAUUGUUUAGGAGAGCUGCAGAAGCUUACAGCUUUGAAGAGUUUACAAAGUUCAUGGGCGAAAUAGAACAUAAAUUAGAAAGUGCAUGGGAAUAUCUAUCAGAAAUGGGGGUCAAACAUUGGGCACGGUCACAUUUUCCAGGACGUUGA